AUGUUCCGCGUUGAAAGCCCUACUUCAUUCGCCGAAGGCGUGAACCGAGACCGCCGUCGCAAAAGGCCCAGUCCACCAUGCCAGGCAGCUACUCGGCGAUCAUCCUCGCAGUCUAGCGAGGGGUCUCGGAAAUGGCGCCAAAACGCAAGACCGUCGCCUACUGGGCAACUCGACCCAGAUAUUGUGGUCUUCUCCGGCUGGUACCUAUCCCCGAGUCGCCAGUUGGCAGAAUGCUGGGACCCUCGCGCCUGUGCGUUAGCCUUUAGCAAUGUCACUUGUCCUCAGAGACAUAAUCCAACGCUGGGAUUGAUCGACAAUAACUUUCUGGCUUCCAUGCUGUCCGACGCAGGGGAAGAUUCCGCAAUUGCGCUGGCUUGCCGAGCCAUUGGGCAUGCGUUCCUCACCAGCAAAGUCGACACACCUGAAACGCGAUCCAAGCGAGCGGUGACAUAUGGGCAAGCCUUGAAAGCAACGAAUAUGGCUCUCGAAGAUCCACUCAUGCAGAGGCAAGACGAAACCCUGGCGUCCGUGUGGCUGUUGAGUCUCUAUGAGCUCAUUGUAUCACCAGCUAAAAGAAACCACCCCCUUGACUUUUCAGCAGACACUCAUGGAAUUAGUUCUUGGAUCGUCCAUACUCAAGGACUGGUGAGUUUGCUCCGGCUGCGAGGUACUUCGCACUUGAGGACACCCCUUGCACGUGGAUUGUUCUGGCUGAUCUAUAAUUCAAUACAAGUCAGAUGUUUCAUCACCAACACGGCAAGCCCUUCUGAGUCUCCGACCUGGUUACAGGAAUUGGAAAAGGACCUGACGCAAGAUGAAUUGCCCGCUUACCGGCUCUGCGUAUAUGGUCACCGUGCAUCUACUCUUUGUGCGAGCAUCCGACAAAUCGUCAAUCAAUGGACAACCACUCCGCCCAGUGCUGCAAUGGAAAUACUCGCCGAAGCCGAGUGCUUUGAGAGGGAAAUGCAGCAGUCGUGGGAUGUCAGUACCGGCAGCCCUGGGCCUGAGACAAUCGCUGACUCUGAGUUGAACAUUCGGCUUCUAUGCUGCCGCACAUUUUUCCAUGCAUUUCGGUUGAAGCUCCAACUCACUUUGUUGGAGCUUUUGGGCAAGAUGCAAAUUGAGACACUUGAUAUGAAUGCAAGGACGCUGCAGGAUCAAUUCCAGCUUCGGGUCGAGACCGUCCAAAGCGCCGCGGACGAAAUCCUUGCUUGUGUCCCUCUGCUCCUUUCAACGGACACUUCCUCAGGCAGUUCCCAGAGGCUAACACCAAGACUCUGGAGAGAUGGAGUCCGUUUACUUUGGCCAUUGAGACUUGUGGCACUUUGGAAUGCAACUAGAGAUGAUCAGAAAAGAGCUGCAAAAUCAACGCUUCAGCAAAUAAGAGAUGAGGUGGGAAUCAACCCCACAGGAGCUUUUCUUUCCCCCCAUCUCGGCGGACUUUGCUGCAAAACAAGAGCCAGCGCUUGUGGCUUAGCUGAACGAUUCUAG